AUGUUCACCGGCCAUCUGCCGAACCAGACGCGGAAUAUAGGUAAAACGCGAGUCCUCGCAUUUCCACCACCAAGCAACUUCAAGUUGUCUCCCUCACCAGCAACAGAUACCUUCGAAUAUUUUUUUAAGGGUCAACCACCGUCCUCACCUCCAGUGGUCCCUUCAGAGUACCAGGACUCUUUCUCCCCACGCAUACCAUCACCUCAUCCGGAGCUCUCACCACCCCGGGACGCGCACCUACGAUCCUGCUCAAACUCAUCUUCUUCCAACCUUACAACAAAAUCGUUCAUUGUUCCUUCUAUAGAUCUAGGUUUAGAGUCACAAGGAGGCUCUCAGUAUUUUACUCCCGCGGGGAGCAUCAGGAGCAGGAGUAGCCUGCAGCCCCCGCUUCCGCAGAGCAAUAGCAGUCAGAUCUCCGGUGGUGGUUUAAAAAAGCCACAGGGUUCUCCUGCUGGGAGAGGUACAGAGAAAAGUUGUUUAGGGACUUCAGCUAGCGGUUUAUCUAAUAUUUUCACACCUAUAAGGAAAGCGCAGGCUCCAAAUUAUUCAAUUCAGAAACGUUAUACCGAGGACUGGGUCCUUCAGCGUGGAUUUCAAACACACCGGCGUAGCGAUAGUAGCUGGUACUCAGAAAGCUCGGACAGUUCAAGUUCCGAGGGAAACGCAAAAUUAGGGACGCAUCGACGUUACCCUUCAGACGCAAAGACUAUCACUCCAGCUGAUUUCCAGUCUGGAAGAUUCUUGUUAGCACCGAAAGCAGAGCUUUCUUCGGACGCAGAUACAGGAACCAGUGAAGGAGCUUGGAAAACAGCCCCACAGUCUUUUACCGAGAAUAAAACAGGCACAUCAUCACCAAUGCCUAUGUUAGCAAGCAUAUGGGCGAGCACGCCUGCCCCGAUCAUGGAGAAUAGAUUUCCUAUAAGUAAUGGGGUAUCGGAUAUCCGAUUAGAACCGGAGCAUCCGAAUUCAGAUUUAUCGGUGUUUGGCGUGGUAGAAAACGGACCAAGCACCAACAUGAUCCGAACACCCUCACCUCCAUCAUCGACUGAGGCAACGGCGACACGCACUCCCGUACCGAAUGGUAUCUCGGCAAGCUUAUUAUCACACACACCCCAUCAGUUGAGCCGAUCGGGCACACCAAAUAUCAAGUCGAGGAAACGGAAGUCGAAGACCGUUGUCAAGGUCCCUUCAUAUUCACCAUGGGGACUACCAUUAGAAGCAGGGGGCAGGCCAAUGCCAUUGACUAACCUCGAGAUGGAAGAGCGAUCACGGAAAUGGGAGGCUCUAGGUUACACACCUGAAUUUCUCAGUGGUCCGGGGGUACAGAGCAGAGACAUCUUCCUAGAAGACACGAAAGAAAAGGUUAAGGAUGUGGUGGUUAAUAUUCGUGAUCCAAGUGAGUGGCAGGAAUAUUGUAACCAACUUCGAGAAGAGAAGCUCCGGGCUUUAGGUGUUAUAUUGGCCGACGAAACACCAACCGUCAUGCCAGCUAGUACUACUACUGCAAGGGGCCAAACUCCACUGUCACACCAAAGCCCUGCUCCAUUCCAAGCUAAUACUUACUCACCACCUCAUCCUACACAAUCCGCAAUGUCCAACGGAAUGGUUCAUAAUGGCAGCCAGAACGUAACUUAUCACGGACACCACUACUCACCCUCAAUGGCCCAGGCCCCUGUGCAUAUGUCGCCGAUUCCAGCGCAAGCAAACCAUCCCCUUCCCUACCACAUGCCACGGCAAUCAAUGUCCAUGAACCCAACUCCUAUUAACCAUGACUGGGAUCUGUAUAACCCCAAUAUGUAUACCCCGCCACCACCACAAAAUCAACCCACUCCCCCAAUGAUGACCGGGUCAGUUUGGAGUCCUGCUCCACCUGGUCCGUUUGCUAUGAGAAAUCCUUCUCCAAUGGGCGGAAUGGGUCACCACAGCCAUUCACCAAGCAUGUUUACACCCUACAUCAUGGAGGAGAGUCAGGACUACAUGGUUCCUAAUGAAUACGUAGAGAGCCAGAGAGCAGCAGCAUAUUAUAAUCAUAACCACCACCUCUCAUUGGUUGGUAUGGACCGAUUCCAACAGCACCAGAUGCGCCGAGGAUCUCCCCUGGCUCAUCAAUCUGGGCACCUUCUCGAGGAAGAUGAGCAGCAGCACCAUAUGAUUGAUAUGAUGGCAAUUGAUGCACCAGUUCCCGGGCGUCGUCAUAAUCUCAGCAUGUCACUAGAAAAGGAUAUGGAGGGCAUGGAGAACUACCAAAAGGAGAUUGAGACACAUAUUGGUCACGGUCAUCAUCUAUCAAAUGGAGACGGUUUCAACACAAAUCCAGUUUCACCAGCUCCGGAAGCUAUGUACCCACAAUAUCCUGAUAUGCCAUGCGUCGAGAAUGACGUUCACAACGGACCAGAGUUACUCUCAAACCCCGAAGACGAUGUUCCGGACGUCGAGACCGAGCGACAACACAACCGACAGGCUGCUCGGGAGCGUACACAAAGUAUCGGAAUGAAUGGUCAGCAGUAUGAUAGCAAUUCUCUGCCCAUGUCCGGAAGCCAGUACAUCCCACAGAGCUACCAACCGCAUAGCCGAGACACCUCGCUUUCUCACAUACAUUAUGAUGCGAUUGACCCUAGAGAGAACUCUGCACUCUCAAUGCUCAUGGGUGCGCUAGACGACCCCCUUAGUGAGGGCGGUUGCACAAACCUCUCUGACAUCAAUACCAAUCCCAGCGAACCAUCAAGCCCUCGCCCGAAAUACAGUACAUCUCACAUGCACAAUAUCUCCAACACUAGUGCCAACGCGUGGAUGUCGGAUACUUCCAAGGCUCCAGGAUCAACCACCUCGUCAAAGAAGUUCAACGCCCAGGCACCAGAGUUCAAAUUCAAACCUGGAACAUCAUUCAAAUAUUCUCCUCAGAGUAAACCAUUCAUCCCCUCAGGCUCAUUUAAUUCUUCGCCUAUUGGAAGUACCACCCAUUCUCGAAAUACCAGUCAGGAUCCUGUUGGGUUUGGAAGUUAUGGCAAAGGAAAACUCAAUGUUGGCGCUGCACCAUUCCGACCACGGCUGUCCUCCAGCGGAUCUACUUCUAGUAUAUUCGCAAAAGGCGCCCAAUUUAGUCCUGAUGCGCCUGUAUUCAAGCCGAAAUCCGAAUCAACAUCUACACCAGCAAGCAAAAGCUCACUACCACCGAUAUUUUCACCUACUAAGGAGAUUGAUGAGCCCGUUCUUGAGAAGCAAGCAUCUCGACCACCUAGUCGCACGUCGGUACACAAGGAGACACCGACAGAUGUGAUUGAAGACGAUGCACGGGAAGGGAAUGUAUCAGGAGGCGGAGGAAAGAGGGCUAAACAUGGUCCAACCCCAAGCCAUGUCAAAGAUACAGAAGUGCCGGCACUGGAGAGUCUGCGUCCCUCAGAGGAUGUAGAGACCUCAGAUGUCAACGCCGCCGAUAGCCAAAAUGCUACUCCUACCGAAGAGACAUUUGCCGAAAGCAGCGCGAGUAGCGAUGAGGUUGAAGACGUACCAAAGGAGUUGCCAGUUGAAGAAGAACCUUUUGUUAUGAUCGAGGAAGGAGAAGCAACAUCAUUCGCCAUUGAUGCCAAUAUCUCUGCCGUUCCAUCCAAAGGCGAGGCGGCCAUCCCCAUUGAUAAUAGGUCAGAGAGGGCUUCCACACCCCCACCUGCUGAAGUGUUUGAAGAACCCACCCCACAGGCAGCAGCGGCAGCCCCGGACUUCAAUUUCGACUUCGCACAAGCAGCAGAGCCUGUCACUCCUAUGGAGGCAAGGUUCGGCGGGAUGGGCGAGUCUCGAUACUCUCAUGCACCAUCACCACCCCCAGCGCAUCCGGCUCCUCCGCCACCUGUUUCCGAUAUGCUCCCAUUGCCGUCAGAAAGGGUAUCCUAUGCUUCAAAUGCAGAUUCUUACAGGUCGAAUCCUUUCGUGGACCCAGUCAGGCCAAUGCCGACCGAUUCCGAGUUGGAUGAAGUUAUCCAGGUGUUGUCCGUGGGUGACCCCAUCUAUGGUAAUCAAGAGAACGGCAUGUCUGGAUCGGAACUCGGCGAGCAAUCCAUGGAUGAAGAGGAACCAGUCCCAGAAGAGACGCAAGAAGAACAACAGGUGGCCGACGAGGAUGUCAUUACCUGGAGGCGCGACGUCUCGAGGAGGCCAGCUAUCCCGGUAUUCCACGAUCCGACACCGACUUCGCAACCUCAAGACCCAUUCGAGCAAGCGGAGCGCAGCGCUGGACCUAGUCCAAGCCCGAGCCGCGGCACAUUCCAGCAUACAGCUGCCACGUUCUCAACAGACGAUGAUGCCACAUAUGCGCAAGCCCAAACUACUGGAGAAGUCGCAUACCAGCCUCCUGCACAGGAGGAUAUUGGUCAUGCUCAGCCAGAAAGCGACUGGGAUGAUUUGAUUCCCCAGGAUGACUCCAAGCUCCGACCGCAGAGCCGACUGUUUUUCGAUGCUCACGUUGAAGAGUUUGUUGGUGAUCUCCUGCAUUCUCGCCUGGAUCCACUCCACAAGUCUCUCUCAGCUAUCCACGAUGUCUUGAAGAAGAAUCAAUCGUUGACUCUUACACGGAGGGGAAGCGUUGCUACUUCAGCUCCACACAGCGAUGCUGAUGAUGAGGAAGAUGACACCCAGCCACCAAGAUCGCCCAGGAAGGAUAAAAAGUCAGAGAAGAUCAAGUCUGCUGUUGUCGAAGCGCUCGUUAUGCACAACUGGAGCGCUCCAACAGAAGACAAGCUGGCGGAGAUCUACAGCGCCAUCGCAAAGGUUUCUCGUGCCUUCCAGGACAGCCAUUUGAACGAUGACUUAGCAGAAACGAAGUCGGCUAUCCUUCAAGCACUUACGAAAACUGCACACACCGACGAAAUUGAUCUCACCAAGCUAGAGAUUCUCGCCGCCAUCAAGCGCACGGCCAAGUCAACCGACAUGGAAGAUUUGAAAACAUCCUUUGCCCGCACCGUUUCCAAGAUUGCGCAGGUUGAGGACAUCGCAUCGAUCCGGGAGGCCAUGGAAGAAGUCGCGCAGACUAGUGACAUUGUCGGAAUGAAGUUGGAGCUCCGCGACUCAUUGAUCAGCACGGCACAAAAGACCGACGUUGAGGAUCUUAAGAGCAUCUUGUGUAAACUCGCGGAGAAGGUUGAUCUCGAGUACCUGCAGGACAUCAUCGUUACAGGUUUCGCAGGGGUGGUCAAGGCAAACGACAUUGUCGAGCUCAAGAACAGCCUGUCGGAGAUUAUCAGGACUGUCCAUACUACUGACGUUAGGGGCGAUGUUCAGCAGCUGUCUCACGAGAAUGCUGCCGUUAGACAGACACUUACGCAAGUGUAUGACAUGACACGGAAUAACGCAAUGGAUGCCGACUCGUACCAGCAAGCACAAGAAAAUUUUAUUAGGGAAAGCCAUAACUACGUCAGCCAGUCACUGGAUACUAUCCAAACUUCUGUUAAUGAUGUUCAAAAGUUGGUUCAGCAGCGUGGCCAAAAGGAGGAUAUGCGCAGAAGUCUGCAAGAGGAUGAUCAGAAGCAGAAUUUCACAGAUAUCAAGACCUACAUCGGCGAGGUUAACAAUAAUCUUGUUGAUGUAGUUGCCCAUGUGCAGAAAGUGGACGACAUCAGACUGGUUGUAGGCAAUAUUUCAGAUUCGCAACCCAGACUAGCAGCUAUCAAGGACGUUUUUGAGGAAGUUGUGAGAGGGCAACCAACUUUGGGACAGGUAAAAUCGGUGGUAGAGGACAUUGUCAACAGGCAGCCGACAAUCGAGGAGUUGAAGUCUAUUGUUGAGGGAGCUACCAGCAAGCAACCUACAAUCGAAGAGCUGAAGACCGUUGUUGAAGAGGUUGCCAAAACGCAGCCAACAAUCGAAGACCUACGAUCUGUGGUUGAGGAGGUUGCCAAUAAACAAUCAGUCGAGGAAUUGAGAGUUGUCGUCGAGGAGGCUUUCAACAGGCAGCCAACGAUUGACGACUUGAGGCUAGUUGUUGAAGAGGCUUCCAACAAUCAACCAACUUUGUACGAUGUCAAGAACGCCAUGGAGGAGGUUACCGAUUCCUUGCCCAAGAUGGAUGCUCUCCGUUCUAUGAUGGAAGAGUUGCUCUCCAAGCACCGGACUGUCACAGUUACCAAGGCCACCGAGCACGCCAAUACUGAGGCGCUUCUGCUUAAGGUAGCAGGCCUUGAGAAGAUGCUGGAUGAGGUCGGGAGUCGUGCGGAGGCAGAGUCACAGGCAAGAAGGGAAGCCCAUGAGAGGACCUUGGAGUUGGAGAGUAGAUUGAGAAUUGCUGAAGAGGAGGCGGCAAGGUACCGGGACAAGGCGGAGGAAUCAGACCGGAGAUUGAAGGCCAACGACGACAAACGAUACCAGGCUGUGACACAGUCACAAAUGCGCGUCGCACUUCUUGAGGGCGCCCAUUCGGCUCUGCAGAAGAAUGUUGGGGAGCUUUCAGCACGGAAUGCAAACCUGGAAGGCAGCAUUAGGGAGGCACAAUCGGCUAGCGAGCGGAACAAGGAGGAAGCGAACAGAAUGGAGGAUGAGAAUAGAGAGCUCAGAAGGGUUAUCGAGUCUCUGAAAGCAGAAAUGGAGGAAAGUAUUAGAACCGCGGCAUACAACAUCGGCCAGGAACAAGGAAAGUGGAGGAAGGCCCAGGAAGAACAGAGGGCAAGGAUCGAAGUUUUGGAGGCAAGAGUAGCGGCCGAAGUUACGGUGAAGGAAGGAUUGGAAAGCGAGGUCAGGCGAUUGGAGGUCGAGCAAAAGGAGGCAAUUAAGAUGAAGGUGGAGUAUGAGCAGCUGAAGAGGUCGAAUGCGAAGUUAGAGGAGGUGCUCGAUAAGUUCAGGGAAGAGGCGUUAGAACACUCACAGCGCGCUGCAUCCCUUGCCCACGAAGUAGAAUCCGCUCGCGACUCGGCACAUGACGAGGUCGCACGAAUGAGGGAAUCUCUUCAGAGAGAUGUUGAUACUGCCAACACUGCGGUCAACGCUGUCCGGGCUUCCCUCGAAGCGGAAAUGGAACAGCUUCAACGUGCGGCUAAGGAAGCAGUGGCCGAGAAAGAGCAGUUCAAACUUCGACUCGAGGCGGCUGCCAACUCCGAACGUGCCGCCCUUGAUGAACUCGAGAAGACAAAGGCCGCGCUUUCCCAAGAGUCUACUGAAUCCAAGUCUCUCGUGGUACAGGAACAGCACCAAAAGUACGAGAAGCAACUUUUGGAACUCCGUCAACGGUUUGAGGGUGCUCGGUCCCAACACGAUAGGGCCCUUAGAAUCGCGACCGAGGAUGGUGAGCGCGAAGCGAUCUACCUGAACCAACGUCUUGACAUCUCUCAAUCUGAAGUGCAACACCUUCGUGAGCAAUCAAAAGACCUUCGAGAACAAACAAAGGAUCUUCGCGAGCACAUUUCCCUCCUCAAAGAUCAACUCAAGAUUGCCACAUCUGCGGCCCAGGCUGCUGCCCAGGCUGCUACAACUUCGAGGGCACCCCAGGCCGUCUCAGAAGAAAGGGCUUUACGAGAAUCGGUUAACGUGCUUCAGGAGCAGCUCCAGCAACGCGAGGCGCGAAUCGAAGAGCUCGAGCAACAGCUUUCCAAGUUCGACAAGGCGGAUAUCAAGCGCAAAGACGAGCAAAUCACGUGGCUUCGAGAGCUACUUGAUGUCAGGGUUGACGAGUUGGAGGAGAUCGUUCAUGCUUUGAGCAUGCCCCACUUUGACCGUGAGAGUGUCCGGGAUACAGCACUUCGUCUUCGGGCAAACCUUCAGAUGGAGCAGCGGGAAAAGGAGAUGUCAAUGACCCCUAGUCGUGGGGCUAUUGCCCCAGUUACAAGUCUUGCAUCAAGACUUCCAGGCGUUGCAAGUUCUGCCGCUAGCUCUGCCGCCGGUUGGUGGAAUUCGAAGAAUAAGGGUCCAUCAUCAGUUGCCCACAGUUCACCCUCACGACCCGGCUCUGCUGCCGGUUUCUUGAAUGGCAUUCUCGCACCUGCGCCUCCGACCACACUUGCCAAUACCCAACGGAUGGGGUCUAGGCUUGCACGGGGUAUUUCUUCAGAAACAGGUUCCAAUUCGUCGCAUACCACUAUCACUUCGCGGUACAGAGAAAAACAAACAGCGGCACCCUCGUACAGAGCAGAGAGAGGGGGGUCUAGGAGAAUUCAACACCAUCUUUUCCAGAAGGGGCUGUAUGAUGCGGAUGCGGAUGCAGAUGCCAACGAUAGUGUGAUGAGCGGAGAGUUUUAUGAGGAUGAGGAUAACGGGACAGAAACGGGGGCCGAUGAUGGCGAUAUGCCGUACCGACCGGGUUCAUACAGGCAUUGA